AUGGCGUCCGCCUUGAUCGGCGCAGCGUUUUCAUUGGUGCUCAAGGCGCUGUCCCCCGUCAUGGACCCCGUGCUGGAGGCGUGGGCGGCCUGCAAGAACCUGGGCCCCAACGUCAUGGCCCUUAAGAUGGAGCUGCUAUGCGUGAAGGCCGUGCUUGAGGGAAACCUCGACAUGGAAAUACACAACGCGGCGCUGGAAGAGCUGCUGCAGAACCUGCACGAUCUCGCGUACGACGCCGAGGACGUGCUGGAUGAACUGGAUUACUUCCGCAUCCAGGACGAACUCGAUGGCACCUUCGACGCCGUCGACAAGCACCCAAAAGGCUGCGCCUACAACCUCGUCUUCAACACUACCCACUCUGCCAAGGCUGUUGGCAAACUGAUCUGGCCGCCCGCAUGCUGCUCGUCUGCCGCCGCCGCUCCUGGUGCCAGCCGGCGUAGGCGCAAGGCACAUGGCUCCAUCUCCUCGCCGGCACAUACCAAUCAGCUUGCUGAUGAAGGAGAGGUCAAUGGGUGCAUGAGGAAGCUCGCUUCAGGCCCAAGCAACACCAUCCAUGCUAUAACAGGGCUGGGUGUAGUGGAGAAACAGGCCACUGCAACACCUGCACCACCAUCUUUAGCGACCAAAGCGGACAGCGCGCAAACCGAGCAGCAUCAGCAGCAAGAUGGCAGCACAAAAGGAGAGGACGAAGGGCUGCUGCUCUUGCCCCCACAACUGCAAUCGUUGGAGAUCCGCCACUGCCCAAGCCUCCGCUCCAAUCCAAUCCACUACAGUAGAGAAACAUUACCAACUGGGGGUGGACAAGGGCUCCAAGGUCUGCGCUCCCUCCAAUCGUUAAAGAUAGGGGAUUGCCCAAGGUUCCUCUCUGCCUAUUCGUCAUCAUCCUCUACUGCUUGUCUCCCCUUCCCAGCCUCCCUAAAACGCCUCUCUCUUUACGGCGCGGUGGGCAUGGCGACGCUGCUGCCUCUCUCAAACCUCACCUCUCUCGAAGAUUUAGCAAUACGGGGAUGUGGGGAUUUAAGAGUCGAGGGACUGCACACUCUCCUCAUCCAAGGUGGUCUCACCAAAUUAACCAUCCGUGGAACCCCCAAUUUGUUCGCUGAUUUCAAGCCCUCACCGCCUCAUGAACAAGAGCUCUCAUCCUCUUCCUCCAAACUGAAGAAGCUUCACACGGAUGACGUCGCGGGUCUCCUUGCUGCGCCCAUCUGUAGCUUUACCUCUUCCUCGCUCACUGAAUUGGACUUUUGGGGGGACAGAGAGGUGGAGCGACUCACAAAGGAGCAAGAGGAGGCCCUUCAGCUCCUCACCUCCCUCGAGAGGACCCGAUUUUGGCACUGCAGCUUGUUGCAGUGCCUCCCUGCAGGGCUGCACAGACUUCCCAACCUCAAGAGAUUAGUCAUCUUCCACUGCGCAGCCAUCCGAUCGCUGCCGAAGGAUGGCCUCCCAGGUUCACUGCAAGAGUUGGAGAUUGACUCCUGUCCAGCCAUCCGGUCGAUGCCCAAGGAGUGCCUCCCAAGUUCACUACAAAAACUAGUGAUCGUAAACUGCCCAGCCAUCGGGUCACUGCCAAAGGUGGGCGACCUUCCAAGUUUACUGCGAGAAUUGGAUGUCAGUGAUAGAAACAGCGAGGAGCUAAGAAGGCAGUGCCGCAAGUUGAUAGGAACCAUUCCUAUAGUCAGAAUCUGACUAAACCAAGGGCUAUUGUUCGGAUUGGUACAUUCUUGGAACCUUCGGAUUCUCACUAAAUCUAUACACGCUUCCAAGUUAUCAAGCGUUAACAUCCCAGAUGUGAUCCUAUGUGCAAAAUCACCAUAUAGUCCCACAAAAUAUCACAAGUUUGAUUCAUAUUUUUCUUAAUCCUCUGCCUGUUGUUUUUGUUAAUCAUUUGGAUUCUUUGAUACCUUUUUUAUUAUAACUGUUGAAUAGUACAAAGCUUUUGCUUUAGAGUUGAGGAAAAACUAAAACUAUUAGUGGAGAGAAUUUUCUCACUCAUAGAGCACUGAUGUGUGAGACUGUGAGUCUAGCAGUUUUAGAAUGCCUUACGGCUUGUUCCUCCAAAUACUUAAAUAUGCUGUCUUGAUGUACUGCUACAGAAAUAAGAUGCACCCCCACAAGUAUAUUCAAUCUGAAUUAUUUA